AUGGUGACCUCAUCUCAGAAGAAAACACUUCAUUCACUGUUGGCCGCGAAGCUCAGCAGCCUCAUAAUCCUGCCGUCCUUCGCCCUCUCCUCCUCAUCCCCACCUCAAGACUUCGACUUUAACGAAAUCUUCGGCCCCACAGCCACCACCCCCAACGACUCAUCCACCCCCGCUGCCGCCUUAUUCCCGCCUCCUUCUCUAGUCAUCCACAUCCGCUCUCACUCAUUCGUGGGCCCCUCAUUGUGCUUCACUCCCAUUCCCUCCUCCCUUCCCUUCACCUUCGAUUUCCUCAAUUCCCAUAGCGAUGACGACGAAUCAGAAACCCCAAUCGGAACCGAGAAUGGGAAUGGUGGGGAAUCAGAGAGGACCGAGCUCGGAGCUCGGAAGUUUGGGACUGCAGAUUUUAAGAUGCUGAGAGUUAUGGGUCAGGGCGCGUUUGAGAAGGUCUUUCAAGUGAGAAAGAAGAGCAAUGGCGACAGUAACGGUGGCGGUGAUGACGAUGAUGGGCUUUUUGCCAUGAAGGUUAUGAGGAAGGACACAAUCAUAAAGAAGAACCAUGUUGAUUACACGAAAGCUGAAAGAGAUAGUCUUACUAAGUUGUCGCCGUUUAGAAAAAAGAAAAAGAAAAAACAAGUCAGCAGGUGA